CAAAAAACAUGGUGGAAAAACUUUGGACAAAAAUUGAGAAAAAGUUUGCAAUUUCAACGAGCUAAAACUCGAAAACUUUAUGGAAAUUUUGUUUUAUUUAGGCGAAUAUUUGUGCGUAUGGUUCUCUUCUCGCAAUGGCACGCCCGCCAGAUAAAUUUCGGUCACGUUUGAAGCAACUUUUGGGGUUGAAACGGGACACAAGUGGUUCACUUUCCCCACAGCUCCCGCCAAUUGUUGUCGAAGAACCUGUCGAAUGUGAUGAACUUCUUAAGGUAAGGAUUAGAUUAACGAUACAGGUAUGAUAACUGCUUGCAGGAAGGCAUACUAUUAACAAUUUUUCACAGGUCAGGACAAAGUAUUGGACCAUAAGACCACUGGUGUCAUAACACUGUCACUGUCAGCUGUGUGACUCUGACGUACUGUCAGAUUAUAAAACAUUCCAUCCUAAACAACACGCCUCAAUGUGUUAUAUAUAUAUUAUUGUAUUCAGACAAUUCAGUCAGUUUUUAACAGUACACAAUACUAAUUUGAAAUUUCCAUAAAAUGCGAAACAAAAACAUGAAACAAUUUACAACACUCUUGGGCUGUCUAAAUUUCAAAUUCCUUCACCUUGGGGCCCAACAGCAGAGUUAAUCAAUACCAUGAGUCCAUGACAUCUUUAGGACUUUAGUUGGCAAAUUAAUGUCCCAAAUUGUGCACUGCCAAAUCAUGUUGAACCUACCUAAGGCCAAUGGAACUGUAGAUUCUGUUUAGCGUCAACUGCCCGCAUGUGCUUGCAAAUACCGCAAGAAUUUUUCAUUAUUCUUAAUUAUUUUCAUUAUUUGUCAUUAUUUUUAAUUUUACGCAUCGAAACUUUCAAAUAUACAUCAAAUCAUCAAAUCUUCAAGAAAAUUUUAACAAUUCUUGAGGGUUUUGCCUAUAAGCUUCUGAGAUAUCAGCUAUGUCUUUGACUCAGACCGUUUCAUAAAAUGAAAAUUUCAUUUUGAAUAACACACGCGGGCAGGUGACGGUAAACUGAUACCUCAAUUCUACUCACGUAGGAUGAAUUCUCAUGGAUUUCUCAUUGAUAAAUACAUUUAUUUAAUUAUGUUGUAGGAAGUCCACCCAGAAUCAGGCAACAGUCAGUCGUCGCGUGCUCGUGUUUUGAAAGAACUGUGUGAGGUUGUUGCCGCAAAACAAUUGGAAGAGGUACAUUGCAUAUAACAUUUGCCCCACAACACACCCACAACACAUUGGUGUACAAAAUUUGAUUUUGAAACAAACAUAUUAAACAUAUCUGCCAUUUGAUCUGUGAGACUGAAAAUGGCUGAAUUUUAAAUUGUAAUUAAAAAUUGAGGUCAAAACAUUAAAGCACAAUUCAAGGGUAAAGUUCCAAGGCCCAAGUUCAAUGGCCCAAGUUCAAUGGCCCAAGUUCACUGGCCCAACAGGCCAAGCAAAUAGUAUGGUACUCUUUCUAUCUAGGUUGGUUUUGGGCCAACCGAGAGUACUAUUGUAUUCACAGGGCGCAAUGUGACUCAAUGGGUUAGCCUCUCUAACAACAACGAACAAAACUGAAUAAUUAUAAUACUAAUAGGAAUAAAAGGAAUAAAAUGACUGACCUUCAAAAACACUGUGAAUUGUUUAUAUUUUGUAGCAUGCAGUUGAAGCUUUAUGGUUGGCUGUCAAAGAUCUGCUACAACCAGAAAACCCAGCUGAUGUCCGACAUAUCACACUCCAGUUUCUAACAUCUCUCGUUACUGGACAGGUCAGCAUAAUCUUAAAAUUCUUAUUACCAAAGGCAAAUGUUGUUUAACCCCCCUCCCUUGUUAUUUAAGGGGGGUUGAACCAUUUGGAAAAGGGGGAAGGGGCUUUAAGACUACAGCUACGAUAAGUACCACAAUAAAUAUAUUUGAUUUUGUAUCUUUGUAUCACAAUUUCUGUUUCAAUUAUUUAGUAUGGAAGUCUCAAAUUGUUGCGAGCUCACUUCUUCAAGGUUAUUGAAGCUCACAAUGUCCCCGAUGAUUUGAUGCACCGGUAAUAACUAGUUCAUGCAGCUUCUAUCAUUCCCAAAGUAAAAGAUUUCAUAUGCGAGUGGUUCAAGUAAAAAUGAAACUGUUAUGCAUAGCAUACGGAAAAUGACUUUUUUACCAUUUUAUAACCAACAUAAUGUCAACAAAUACAUAUGUUAAAAAAGUCAUAAAUUCUCCGUAUUUCAGAGAAUUAUUAUUUUUGAUAUAUGUUGUGUUAGUUGACAUCAUUCAUGUUGGUUAUGAAAUAGUAAAAAAGUCAUUUCUGUAUACUGUUCGUUUCGUGUUUACUUGAACCACUCACAUAUUGUAUUUUCUUAAAUUAGCAGCUCAAAAUGGAUUUUGUUCUUCUAUAGGUUACUUUUUUUGAAAGCUUUGACUCUCGAGGGAAAAGAUAUUCUAUUCUUUGAAGAGCAAAUUGGUACGUUU